GUGGUGUAGUGGGGGCUGUGUGGUCGUGGCAGAGCUUUGAAGAUCACUCAUCAGAGCGCAAGGGGGCCCGGGAACGGAGACCGAGCCCGAGUCAGAAUGCUCCUGCGUGCGGGAAGCGGAGCUGAAAAAUCACAGAGCGCAUCUGGAUGAAAGAGAAAAGUGGAGCUUAAAACAACAGGAAUAUAACAGGCUGGGCUUUUCCUCACAUAUGGAUUAUCAAAGGACUAUAUCGUUCAGUCGGAGUGUCUUAUUCGUGCGUGAAUUUGGAUGCUCAAGGUAACAUCUCCAGCAGUGUGAAACAGGAAGUGUCGUCUGUGAGCAGCCAUGGGCCAGGGAGCUGCGGUUCUGCUCAGCAAGGUUCUGCUAUUGCUGGCAGCCUCACGCACUCUACUCGCAGUCAGCUUCCCGGAGGACAUCGUGCCCCUCGACGUCGUCGACGCGCACUUUACUCGGAGGUACCCAGUGUUCAGAGGCAGGCCCUCUGUCAACGACUCGCAGCAUCGCCUCGACUUUCAGCUGAUGACCAAGAUACAGGACACGUUAUUUAUCGCUGGCAGAGAUCAGGUGUACCUCGUCAGUCUCCGAGAAUCCUACAGGAAUGAGAUCAUUUCUUACCGGAAGUUAACGUGGAGAUCGGGCCAAGGUGACAGAGAGAUGUGUGCUGUGAAGGGAAAACAUAGAGAUGAGUGCCACAACUUUAUUAAAGUGCUCGUUCCCAGAAACGAUGACCUGGUGUUCAUCUGUGGCACCAACGGCUUCAACCCCAUGUGCAGAUACUACAGGCUGGAUAACCUCGAGUUUGACGGGGAAGAGAUCAAUGGUUUGGCCCGGUGCCCGUUCGACUCCAAGCAAACCAACGUGGCCCUGUUCGCUGAAGGGAAGCUGUAUUCUGCAACCGUGGCUGACUUCCAGGCCAGCGAUUCUGUCAUCUAUCGUAGUAUGGGUGAUGGAUCAGCUCUGAGAACAAUCAAAUAUGAUUCCAAAUGGCUAAAAGAGCCUCAUUUCCUGCACGCAGCCGAGUAUGGGAAUUACGUGUACUUUUUCUACCGGGAGAUUGCCGUGGAACACAGCAAUUUGGGCAAGGUUGUUUAUUCCCGAGUGGCCCGGAUCUGUAAAAAUGACGUGGGCGGGUCACAGAGGGUGCUGGAGAAGCACUGGACGUCUUUCGUGAAGGCAAGGCUGAACUGUUCCGUGCCGGGGGAGUCCUUCUUCUACUUUGAUGUGCUUCAGUCAAUCACCGACAUCAUCAGCAUCAACGGCGUCCCCUCCGUGGUGGGCGUGUUCACGACACAGAUGAACAGUAUUCCAGGGUCAGCAGUGUGUGCCUUCUCCAUGACUGAUAUAGAGAAAGUGUUCAUGGGCCGGUUCAAGGAGCAGAAGACCCCUGACUCGGUGUGGACGCCGUUUCCAGAGGAGAAGCUGCCAAAACCACGACCUGGGAGUUGUGCGGGUCACGGUCCAGCUGCAUCCUAUAAGAACUCCGUGGAGUUUCCAGACGACACCCUGCAGUUCAUCAAGUCCCACCCCCUCAUGGACACAGCUGUGCCUUCGAUUGGGGACGAGCCUUGGUUCACCAAGACACGUGUCCGGUACCGACUGACAGCGCUGGCUGUAGACGGUCAAGCAGGACCCCAUAAGAACUACACGGUGGUCUUCAUCGGCGCCGAAUCUGGGGUCGUCCUCAAGGUUUUAGCAAAGACCUCCCUUGUAUCCCUGAACGACAGCCUGUUACUGGAGGAGAUCGACGUCUUCAAUAAGGCCAAGUGCCCGUCUAACCGUGAGGAUGACAAGCGUGUCCUCUCGCUGCAUGUGGACAACAACACACACAGCCUUUAUGUCGCAUUUUCAAGCUGUGUCAUCCGUAUUCCCCUGAGUCGCUGUGAAAGGCACUCCUCCUGCCAAAAGUCAUGCAUUGCAUCAAGGGACCCUUACUGUGGCUGGAAGCCCCACGGAGCCUGUGAGAGGAUACUGCCCGGUGUUUUGAAAGGAUACGAGCAAGACGUUGAAUACGGGAACACCACCCACCUCGGAGAUUGUCAAGUGUUUUUGGGCACUACCUCAGCGCCAGACAAACCAUUUGGCGAUCCUACCUCUGACAUGGCGUUUUCAUCUGCACCAGUCACUGUCCAGCCCAGUGGGCCCAUACAGCCCCCAGUACUCAUACCCAGUCAGAGCCCCAGCUCAGGGCCUGAUCCAGAGCUACAGGAUGACCCAGCCACAUCCCAUUCUAUAAACUCUCUCUCAGGGGGGCAAGAGGGUGUGUGGGAUAAUCAUACAGGUGACAGCAACCAGAUGGUCCACAUGAACAUCCUCAUCACCUGCGUCUUUGCGGCUUUUCUCAUGGGGGCUCUCCUGGCCGGGCUAAUUGUUUUCUGUUACCGAGACUCUGUCCUCCGUAAACCAAGACAUGUCCACAAGGACAUGGAGUCUGCACCAUCCUGCUCUGACUCUACUGGGAGUUUUGUAAAACUCAAUGGCCUGUUUGAUAGCCCUGUAAAGGAGUACCAAACCAACAUUGAUUCUCCCAAGCUGUUCACCAAUCUGCUGAGCAAUGGUAAAGACUUAAAUACGCCCAAUGGUGACACCAAGACCAUGAUCCUGCGAGACGGCUGUCAGCCCCCUGAGUUGUCUGCUCUGCCCACACCAGAGUCUACCCCAGUUCUUCAGCAAAAAGGCCUGCAGCCCAUCAAAAAUCAGUGGGAAAAAGCACAUGGAAAAGCCAGUGGGUCCCGUAAGGAGGCGAACACAUCAGCCAAGAGUCCACAUUUCCUUUCUUCUUCACCUGCACCUACUAACACCAACUCCAACCACCCUCACCUCGCCCUGGGUCACUCCAAUAUCCCCAGUGCGGUUGUGUUGCCCAACGCCACACAUGACCAGCCUAACCUCGACAAUGGCGAUGAAACUUUGCCACAUUCAUCUGAAAAGAAACUCAAGAAUCCAGAUGGUAAGGGGAACAGGAAAGAACAGAAGAGGUCUGUGGAUGCUAGGAAUACUCUCAAUGACCUUUUAAAACAUCUCAAUGACUCUGUGGCCAACCCUAAGGCCAUUCUACAAGAAGAAUCAGGGCCCCGCCCGAGGCCUCAUCUCAUGCUGGAGCCCAUGGAGGAACUGACUGAAGUACCCCCAGCUGUGCCCAGCCGUGAGGCUUCCUUGUACUCUCCCUCCUCCUCUCUACCAAGGCACAGCCCCACUAAAAGAGUUGAUGUGCCCAUGCCCUCUACUCCCACUACACCCACGGGAAGCUUGAGUAUGGGGGGCACCCUGGAGAGGCAAAGAGGGGGUUACCAACUCCACCGGAGUGCCUCUCAUAGGCAGUCCUUAUCAACCUCACCAAAUGGGGUAACCAUGGGGGUGUCUGUGUCUCGCGGGCACAGUAUGAAUAGAGGAGGAUACAUGCCCCCAACCCCACCCUCAAGACUUGACUCUCAUGGUGCAAUGGUAGCACCCGGGAUGCACUCUCCCCACCCACCUUCUGUUUCCCGACAGAGUAGCUACAGUGGGCAUGGCUCGCUUCCCCGAACAGGACUUAAAAGGACCCCAUCAUUAAAGCCAGACGUGCCCCCAAAACCCAAUGGGUUUCCUCCACAGACUCCACAAAUGCGAGUGGUCAACAAGUACAGUUAUUAACAGGGAACACUAUGGACAUUUCUAAGUAGGCUCUUUGUCUGUAGAGCUUUGUGCUCAAGGGCUUGGGGUGUCUGGAUGGGAUAAGGCCUUGUGUGUGUUUGUAUAUCAACUUGAGGUGUUCGUCCUCUUUAAAUGAUAUGCGCAUUCACUCGCACUGAAAAAGGGAAAACACCACAUGGCCAAAGAAACCGACUGGGGCUCCCUCCAACCCCGUCUGCUUCCCUGCACCCAGUAGCCACAUGGAUAUGAAUAGCAGGCAAUGGUGAAUAAGCUGCUCACCAUUGUUCCUGGGUUUGGGUGCCACCGGUUCCCUAGUAAGGUACAAGGUUUGGGGCACCCUCAGCGGGCCGCUGUGGCAUACGUGUGUGGGAAAACGUGGCGGAAUACUUGAAGAAUGGUUCUCAAUUGUUACUGCCCUUGAGCACUGUCUUCCCACUAAUGUGAACUGAACAGAGAAGAGGUAGGCGAUGACUAGGGUUGUGAUAUCCCUGAAAAAAGGAAAGUUAAUAUUCAUUGUGUGUUUUCUGCCUUGGACACAUCUGACCACAAACAACUGAAUCAAGUAGCAAGCAAAGAGAAAGAGGAUACAACUGCUUGUAUAUGUCUUGGUUGCAGAUUUUGGAAAAGGCGGGGCAUAUAAUUGCUCUUGAGAGUUGCCACAUGUCAGUAAAAGCACCUUAAGAUGUGUUGAAGACCUAAGUCACUGUCUUUUAUUCCAACAUUAUAACCCAAAAUAAGGCUGAACUAAUUUUUGUGUCAAGACAUUAAUUAUCGUUUGGCUGAAGUUGGUUAUGUUGGGUGUAUGCUGAAGCAGGGACUCUGUAACUCACUGGGAAAUUUGACAUGACAUUUGCUGCUAUGGGUUUUAGACAAAGUGUCCAUCAUUAAAGCAUUGUUUCCUCAGCCAUGCUAGGGCAGCCGAUAUGGGUGUGGAGAUGCACUUGUGUCUGAGUAUAUUUGUUAUACUGUAAACAGAUGGAAAAGUAUGUAUGAUUUCGGCACCUCAACACAUGGUUGAGACUAAAACAUUGGCUGUUUUGCCCAGGACUGAUAUGUAUCCUAUUCUUAAUUCCCCAUAUGUAGAAGUUCUAUUGGUCUUCUCUCUUUAGUAGUAGUAUUAAAAAGUACAUACUUCAUCCCACUUUGAAAAACAUUUAUACAUUAUUUUCUAGCCUUUCUUGUCUCUCAUUAAAUGCACCACUGUGAAAGUAGCAACAGUCUUUAUUCAUAUAAUGUUGACAUUUCAACCUACUUCUGUUAUGUUCGACGUAUACCCCAUAAUAGAACAAGGCUACCAGGAGUUUGCCGAUGCAAUAAACCUGUUGACAGACAAAACUGAUCCUAGAACAGUCCAACAAUGUAUUAUUCUUGUUAUUUGCUCGACAGCCUGUGUUCCUAGUGCAGCUUUACUGCAAAUGGCCAGUGUACAAUCAACUCAACAUUCACUAAUGUGUCCAAAUAAGUCAUGCUGGGAAUGACAAGGCCCUGUAUAUUCUUAAAUAAUAUAAAUAAGUAGUCUAAAUAUUUUUAGGCAAGUGAACCUGAAUCUGUGCAUUGUGUGCCUUAUUCACAAAACAAAUUAGUACAGUAUAUAUUGUUGGCAAUUGGUCAUCUGUAUGCACCACAUGUUCUGCAAACCUUUUUUUAUUUUUUUAUUUUUUUGAUACAAACGAUUUAGCAGGAUGUCUGUCUGAAAAAAGUCACCAACUAACUGAUUCUACUUGGGAGUUUAAGUCCCUCAUAAGGACAGUGAAACAUACUCAUUGGAUUUGAAUAAUUUAUUUCCUUUUACUGCCAGUGUUGCAAAGAUUUGUGAUGUUC